AUGGUGCAAUUACUCAAGAGCCUGGCGCUCGCAGCCUCCUUUGCCACAGCAUCCUACGCAUUCGGCACAUCUGCUGGCAAUUCCGCAGUAAUCGAUUUAAUCCCAGAUAACUUCGACAAGAUCGCUCUCGGGGGCAAGCCAGCACUCGUCGAAUUCUUCGCACCAUGGUGUGGACACUGCAAGACGCUGGCUCCCGUCUACGAAGAAUUGGCCCAGAACUUUGCCUUUGCCAAAGACCAAGUUGUAAUUGCAAAGGUUGAUGCCGAUAGCGAGAAGAGCCUCGGAAAAAGAUUUGGUGUACAAGGAUUCCCAACGAUUAAGUUCUUUGAUGGGAAGAGCGAUAAGCCUGAGGAUUACAAUGGAGGAAGGGAUUUGGAGAGUUUGACUGAGUUCAUUACCAAGAAGACUGGCGUUAAAGCAAAGAAGGCGAAGGCCGCUCCUAGUGAGGUUGAGAUGUUGACAGAUUCUUCUUUCAAGAGCACUAUUGGUGGUGAUAAGGAUGUUUUGGUUGCUUUCACCGCUCCUUGGUGUGGACACUGCAAAACCCUUGCACCAGUCUGGGAGAAGGCUGCUGCCGAUUUCGUCAACGAGCCAAAUGUUGUUAUCGCCAAGGUCGAUGCUGAAGCCGAGAAUGCUAAGGCCACCGCCAAAGACCAAGGCGUCUCCUCUUACCCAACCAUUAAGUUUUUCCCUAAGGGAAGCAAGGAGCCAGUCGAAUACAACGGAGGACGUACCGAGCAAGAUAUCGUUAGCUUCAUGAACGAGAAGGCCGGUACCCACCGCACACCAGGAGGUGGACUCGAUGCCACCGCCGGAACUAUCGAAGCUUUGGACUCUAUCGUUUCCAAAUUCACUGGGGGAUCAAGCAUUGCUGAGGUCGCUGCUGAGGCCACCAAGGCUGCUCAAGGUCUCAAGGAGGGCGCCCAGUACAAGUAUGCUGAGUACUAUGUCCGUGUUUUUGACAAAUUGAGCAAGAGCGAGGGUUAUGCUGCUAAGGAACUGGCUCGUCUCGAUGGUAUCAUCAAGAAGGGUGGUUUGGCGCCAGCUAAGCUCGAUGAGUUCACCAGCAAGACCAACAUUCUCCGACGAUUCAUUGCUGAGAAGUUGGGCAAGUCUGAAUUGUAA